UGACUCCGCCUCCAAGGAGAAAUCGCACAUUCCUAUUGUCCAAGAUGGCGUCCUCAGUGGAGCUCCUCCGACGCUGACAUGAUUUUGAGCUGCUUUCGGCUCUUUUUUCCAUGUUUGAACAAGCGUCGGCGCUUCGGGCCGGACGUGUCGCUUUAGUGAACCCGUUUCUCGUAACCUGGUUCGGGCUUACAUUGCCGAACGUCGCUGCCAAGCGAGGAUUCUUGCUGCUGCUGCCGCCCUCCCCCCCCGCCGAAGUCGGAGCCCCAUCCCCGCGCCGACAUGAAGCGGCAGGCCGCCAGGGAGAGUCCGUCGAGGGCCGCUGCUAAGCGUCUGCGGGAGAGGGGCCGGGAGAGCAGCCGCCGAGAGGAGCUUCCCCCACCGCCUCCGCUUGCUCUGCUGCUGGCCGACAGCCGCGGACAUCGACGGCGCAGCCGGAGCCGGGAGCGCGACAAGACGCUUCAUCCGCGACACGACGUCAGCCUGCUGGGCCGAACGCCGCCGGCGCGGGACUACAAGACGCUGCUAAUCAGCAACCUGGGCCAGCAGGUCCCGGAUGAGGACGUCGAGGACGCGCUCUUUCACGAGUUUAAAAAGUUUGGUGACGUCAGCGUCAAACUGUCGCACACACCCGAACUGGGCCGCAUUGCUUAUGUCAACUUCCGUCACCCCGAGGAUGCCAAGGAGGCCCGGCACGCCAAGUCGUCCAGAUUGGUGCUGGCCGAGAGGCAGCUCAAAAUCGAACCCGUCUACGUCAGGAGGCGGAGCGUGACACCCCCUGACGUCACUUACUUGGCUUACCGGCAGAGGUCGGUAUCCCCGCCUGGACCAAUGCUCACCCUCCGAGAGCUCCGAGCCCGCCACUUAGCCCUGGAGAGUCUUAGCCGUGAAAGGCUCCUGGACUACUAUGGCAUGCUGGACGAGAGGGGACGGCCUUAUGGUUUUCCGCCAGCUCCGCUGCUAGAAGACUUGAAGCCGGAGGAUGACCAGAGGGCCACCAGCAACCUCUUCAUCGGGAACCUGGAUGGCGGCGUAACUGAGGUCGAACUAAGGCGAGGCUUUGACAAGUAUGGCGUCAUUGAGGACGUAGUUAUCAAGCGCCCCGCACGUGGCCAGGGCGGAGCCUACGCCUUCGUCAAGUUCCAGAAUUUGGAUAUGGCCCACAGGGCCAAAGUGGCCAUGCAGGGCCGGCUGAUUGGGGGCAAUCCCAUCAAGAUAGGUUACGGCAAGGCCAACCCCACCACGCGCCUUUGGGUGGGCGGCCUUGGCCCUGCUAACCCGCUGGCCGCCCUAGCGCGAGAAUUUGACCGCUUUGGGAGCAUCAGGAACAUAGACUACGUGAAGGGGGACAGUUUUGCAUACAUACAGUACGAAAGCUUGGAUGCGGCCCAGGCGGCUUGCACACAGAUGAGGGGCUUUCCUCUUGGUGGACCAGAGCGCCGCUUGCGGGUAGACUUCGCCAAAGUGGAGGAAAGCCCCGCCCGCCCGUUCACUCCCGGCUACCAACAACCCGUCCAGCUCCUGCCUCCCUAUGACCUCCUCGGGGAGGCGUAUGCUCGCCAUCGCAGUUUGGAACGUGAGCUGAGAGGCGGAGCCAGACUGUCCCCGCCCUCCCACACCCUUCCCUCGCAGAGGGAGCGAGAACGCACACUGCUGGAGAGAGACUUUGUCGCCAGCCCCCCACGCAGCCUCGACAGAAGAGUGGCCGCAGUCGAGGCUUUGGGGAGGAGCACCAGAGGGGGAGGGCGGAGCCGCAGCCGAAGCCGAGAACGCUGGCUGAAGGAACGUGAGGAGAGGAGAGGCCGGAGGCGGAGCCGCAGUCUAUCAACUGAGCGCGAGAAGGGGAGGGGAAGACUUCGCUUGUCGCCUGAUGCUAGCCCUGACCGAGCACGGGUUCGAGCCCCCGACUCCACCACAGAACCUCGAGACCACUCGCCUGAGGGUGGCGUGGGUGCAAGUCGCACUGUCCUCAAAGAAACAGAGUCCCCGCCCACUCGCCACCACAACAAACGAUCUUCAGGCGAGCAGCUGGACAACCAUCGCACCCCCAACGCCUCAUCUCCGCCCCUCCCUGCCAACACACCCUCAUCAUGUCCCGGCUCGCUGUCUGAGUUUUCCCGGGCGACGUUGUCCAAGUUGUGGCGCGGCUUCUUCGCUCUGAAGAACAGCAGCUUCCCCACCGAGCUCUUCCUGCUGGAGGGCGGAGCAUCCUUCUUCUCCGGUGUCAUGCGGCACAACCGAGACCAGCUGAAGAUCGCCCAGCGCCUCCGUAUGGACCAGAGCCGCCUGGACGAAGUGUCACGCCGCGUCAAACUGGGCCGGCCCGACGGGUACGCCGUCCUGCUUGCUCUCCAAGGACCUGUGGACCGCCAAGCCUCCGUACCCGAGACGGGACUGCAGGUGCGCCUCCUGCGCCAUUUGGUGGCCUACCUGCGCAACAAGGAGGCAGCUGGCGUGGUCAGCCUGCCUCCCGCCAAGGAGGGAGGCCCGGGCGCCAUGCUAUACGCCUUCCCACCAGGAGACUUCUCUGUGCAAUUCCUGCAGGCGGCCAAGAGGGCGGCGACACGUCUGGACGAAGAACACAUGGUGGUGGUCAUCGUUAACGACACUAAUUGACCCAGUUGGAAACAUUCGGGUGUUCCUAAUGAAGUGACUUGUGUUCCUCCACCAGUGUGACACGCUACAUGGCCAUGUCACAGCUGGCGUACUAAUGAACAAUAAGUACAUUUGUGACUUGUUCGAUGUCAUUUUUUUUAACACUAAAACAUUUUAUUCCCCAACAGGAUGUAGAAAAGUCAUGUCACAUCUGAGAUGAAACUAUUGUGCUGUCUCCAUGGUUCCCUUUUUAAUUGGCUGAAUUGUGUUUUGAUGUGUUUGUUUUUAACAGUUGUCCUGUAAAAGAACUGUUUACUCUUACCCUGCCAUCAGUGGUUUCACUUUUUACUGCAGGUGGCGCUAUUGCACCGCACAUUAUAGCAUUAGCCGUGCUAGUCCAUAUGCUGAAGAUAAAUAUAGCACAUAUAGCAUUAAACAUUAUGUUUUGGUCCUCUAGAACAUAGUUUUUUUUUAACAUCGUGAUAUCAUCUACAUCAUAGGUUCCCAAACCAUGGACCCCUUUCAGGAAUGAACAUUUUAAAAAGAAAAUUUUACUUUCAUUUUUAAACUGGCAGAGUACUGUAACAGGACUGGAAUCGUUCAAAUAGAACAACUUUUGUUUUAAAGUGGAUCUAAUUGGGUCAACUUAACCAUAACGAGUAUAUUAUAACUCACUGCCUUUUAUUGAAUUUACUGUCAUAAAAGAAAAUAUUGUGAGUGUUAAUUCGGCCUUGGCUUCAUGGAUUUGAAUUGCAAGCAGGUGAAGAAGACAAACACGCAUUAGUCUUCAUUCAUUGUUUUCAAUAAAACCAAACUCCGUAUAA